CAUUACGAUUUCUUACUUUUAGUCAAAUAGACAAACCACAAAAAGUUGUUUGUUGCGGUAGUGUGCAAAUUUUUAAAAGAUUAUAAAUUAAUAAAAUCAAUUUUAAUAAAAUGAUAAUUAAAAAUGCUAAUAAUAUAUUUGUACCGGAUUAUUUAAAUGUAGAAUUUUUCGUUAAUGCCCUAGAAGAAGGUUUACGCGAAGUGAAAGUAAAUAUUCAUGAAAUUAAUUUCACUUGGGGAAGCAAUCCUGGCGAUAAUUAUUGCUCUAGCAUUUAUCGGGUCUUAAUUGAUUACGAUACUUCGUAUAGUCAAGGAGAGCCCCAAGAGAAGCAACAAAUUUCCUUGAUUGUCAAAACUAUACCCAUAACACCGGAAACCCAAUUUCUAGAGGAUGUUGGAGUAUUUGUUAAGGAAAAAUUAACCUAUUGGGAUGUUUUACCACGUUUGGCUAUUUUGAGUAAUGGCGAGACUUUUGGAGCAAAUUGUUUUUAUGCCACUAAAACACCGGUACAAACAAUUGUUUUUAAUGAUCUUAAAGUGGAUGGCUUUACAGUAGCAUCUCGUCAAGACGGUUUAGAUUGGAAUCAUACGGUAAUGAUUUUGGAUAAAUUGGCUAAAUUUCAUGCCACUUCAAUGGUGUUAGCAAAAAAGGAUCCUGCUAUAACUAAACGUCUUCAAAAGGGAAUGUUGUGCGAGGAAACUGUCUUAAAAACCGAUACAUUUCUACAAAUGUUUGGUGGCUAUUUAGGGCAAUUAGUUAAAUCAUCCAAAACUUGGCCCGGUUAUGAAAAUAUUUCUAAUAAAUUGCAAAAAUACCACAACAAUUUUAAAGAAAUUACAUACAAACUAGCCAAAGUUAAAGAAGGUGAUCGCUUUGUGGUACUCAAUCAUGGUGAUAUGUGGACCAAUAACUUUAUGUAUGCCUAUGAAGAUGAAAAUGAACCAACUAAGCCCACCAAGGCAAUAUUCGUUGACUUUCAACUGAGUUUCUUUGGUAGUCCCGGUUGUGAUUUAAAUUUCUUCUUCAAUACCAGUGUUCAAUUGGAUAUCUUGAAAUCAAAACGUAAUGAAUUAAUUGAGAUUUAUUAUAAGAGUUUCUCAGAAUGUUUGGAUUAUAUGCGUUAUGAGGACAUACCCUCCUUGGACGACUUGAAAUAUGAGUUAAGAUCAAGAGAAUUAUAUGGUCUAUUUGCUUUGUUUGGUUUCUUGCCCAUGGUUACACUGCCUAAAGAACUUUCUGGUGAUACAAGUAUUGAAGCUUUUACCAAUGAGGAAUAUAAAAAUAAAAAGUUAGAAGCUAUGUUUGCCCGCGACGAGUUAACCGAUCAUUUAAAGUACAGUCUUAAACGUUUAGAAAAAUUGGGUGUUUUAGAAGAAUUUUAGAUAUAAGCUAGAAUUAUAUUCAAAAUUUAUAUUUUUUACGUAAUUAUUUUAAAGUAGUGAUAUUUGGCAAAAGUACAAAAUAAAGUAGUAAAUACGGUA